UAACGAUUUGCCACAUCUUGGUCGGCAGUAAAGCCAGAAAUCAAGACGGAGGAGCUCCGUCUUGAUUUCUGAUCUUCCUGAACUGGGUGGACACCUUAUCUCGAUGAACACUUCGACACUGUGCAGAUACGCGUCAGAUACUGUAAGUCUCGUUGCAGGAGAACUGAUCUACAGCGUUGUAAAUGGUUGGAGCCAUCGAAAUAUCGUGGAAGAAAAUUCAAGAGCGUUUCGAAGAGGCCGUUGCUAUUCUGACCACAUUUGAGAUUUCCAGCGUUACAAGCACUUUAAUGGAACGCGUCCCUCUUCGCGCAAUGGCGCAUGGAGAACAUUCCCAGUCUCCAACCAAAGCCUCGUGAUCACCAGGAUGCGGAACGAUUCCAAGCGAAAAACUCGCGUAGUUAUAGACGGCCCCGUGACCCCCAAUGCAAACUACGUCCCCGUCCUCGACGUGAUCGAAGCUAGUGCGCUCUCCUGGACCUCCCACGCUCACACGUCGCAAGUCCCGAUCUUAGACGUCGAAGACGGAGGCUCUGCCACGUACAACUUAGAUGGUAGCGUGAAUACCCUCCCAGCCACUGAAGACUACGACCCACCGCCACAUCGGCCACUCCCACCAGGACCUUUACAGCGUCUUUUGCGCUCGUGGAUGGUGCUACGAUGGAAACUCUCAAGGAAUAUUUUCUCUACCACAGUACCAAUUCUCACCUCACUAGCUAAUCUGAAGCUUGGCGAUGUAUUAAUUACGUUUCCUAUCGUUGCGGGCGCUAUCGCAUAUACUGCACUACAGGCCAAGACUGUAAAUGUUGCUGGCACUGGGACACCGUCUUCUAUCGCGUUGGCUGUAGUAUUUGGCUUCGCUGUUCGAAACAACUCAGUACUGCUAAUUUGUACGGGAAUGUCCUUCGAACGUGCUCUCUUCUACCACAAAUUGGCAGCUUUGGUUACGAUAGUAUUGGCGGGUCUUCACGGGUUCACAUAUAUGUCCACGAAUGAGCAGAAAUUAAAUGAUUCCAAGGUUAUCAGCGGCUGUGGCGCCUUUUUCGCGUUGGUAUUGAUGCUUGUACUGUCUGUAAGCUGCGUCCGACGGAGAUUCUUCGAGUUCUUCGUCCGAGUUCAUUGGAUACUGUUUAUCGCAGUGAUCGUGUGUGCUGUUCUCCAUGGCGCAGUGUACGUGAUCGCUGGAGUCGCUCCUUGGGCCAUCGAUAUGGUGUAUCGACUCGCUUAUCGCUCUCGUAUCUACGCUCACGGCUCCGCCUGCAGUGUAAACAAGGGGGUUAUUGCGCGUAACCAGCUCUCGAUCUGUGCGCUACCAGGGAAUAUAACGAGGAUUCAGUUCCCGCGAGUACGUCAAGACACACGCGAGACGUUCGCCUAUGAAGCUGGACAGUACGCGUUCCUCUGUAUCCCGUCGAUCUCGUACUUAGAAUGGCAUCCAUUCACAAUAGCGUCCUCUCCCCACGAAGCGAUGGUGACGUUCUACAUUAAGGCAGUGGGAGACUGGACGACCAAGCUGUUGACUGCUGCUCUCAAGCGCGAAGCCAGCGCGAUGAGACUUGACGGGCCGUCGACGUUCGAUCUGCUCGUGGAUGGUCCGUACGGGAAAAUUUCCCUCGAUUUAGCGACUCCCACUGUGUAUUCUCACGUGGUAUUAUUCUCUGGAGGGAUUGGGAUGACUCCUAUGCGAUCUAUCGUUAAUUGGCUGCAUCAUGAGUGCUAUUACCGAAGUCGAGGGGUUAUUCCUCAUGUGAGGUUUAUCUGGUCGGUUAAAGAGAAGGAGACAAUCUCAAGUCUACUCGCUCGAGACGAACCGAGACGAGAUAGCUGUCUUGACGUGGAUGAAGUGGCGUCCUAUUUCCCUCAUAUUCUGUCCCAUCCACGGAACACAAAUCACGCUACGGAUGCGUUUGUGAGUGAGGUCUAUUUAACCCAGGAUAUAUUGGACGAAGAAGCUCUAGAUAUUCCAGAACUCGCCAACUGUCUGCAUAUGGGGUCUCGACCUGACGUUAUUGCUAUUCUACGCGAAAUGGGCGAAAAAGCCAAAGACAGCGGCAAGGAACGAGUCGCAGUGUUGGUGUGUGGACCUUCAGCUCUCAUUGACGAAGUUCAUUACGCCAGUACCAGACUCGCUAGAGAACUGAAGGUGCACUUCGAUGUGCAUAGAGAAACGUUCGAGCUCUAGUUUUUUUUUUGUAAAUAAUGAAGACAAGAUCCUACAACUUGACACACACAGUUUUCAACGAGUCGAGGUCAAGUUCAAGACGAUGUUAAUGCAGACUGUCGACUCGACACAGUCUUAUCCAACCAUUACGACAUCGUCACGGUUGGAGUCCGGACUGAACGUCAGCUCCUUACUGGACUGUGUUUCACAUGCUGGAGGUUAUCGAUAGCAAAUGCAUUAGAGCUGCAGUCAUUUCUCUUCUGCUGACGAAGGCCGCCGUGAAGUAGAUGAACACUGUGAUUCGACUGUGGACAAUAGAGCGAUGACCAGUGCGUCUGCCGAUAAUGGCAUUCCAAUCCUUGAGGACAGCGUAUCGACUGAUUCUCGAUGCUCUUGGGAUGAUUCGACUACGGUUAAGACAUGUAUAUUCAACGUUGUGACUGCAGUGAGAGAGCUGUCUGCUUCGAGGAUUCUGCAAUCCUUGCUACGUUUUAGAUGGAGACUUUCACGUACACUGUUCUCCAAGCCAAUAGUUUUCUUCACGGCCGAGCUUAAUAUAAAAGUUGGCGAUAUUGUGGUAUUAUUUCCUGUUGUGCUCGCGCUAGUCUUGGUUUCUACGGUCCAAACGAUAAAUUAUAACGUCAAGGACUCGGGGAUCUCAUCUUCAAUUGCUCUCGCCGCUGUAUUUGGAUUGGUUGUGAGAAAUAAUGCGCUGCUACUGGUAAUUACGGGAAUCUCAUUCGAGAGAGCACUAUUUUACCACAAAUUACUCGCAUUUAUAACGAUUACUUUAACAGCUUUGCAUGGACUUGCGUACAUUUUGGCACGAAAUAAUGGAC